AAGCCGGUUUUGCUAAACUGUUGUGCGCAUGUUUUAUGGUCCACAGUGGUUGUGACCGAGUCAUAGGAGGGCUGACGGUGAAGCGCGCUGCACUAUCUGGGCAGCUUUCGUACGACACGUGCCGCCAUUGGCGUACGCGAACGGACAGUGCUAGUUGAUGUUAGGUUGUAUAAAAAGGAUGUGUUGAUGUAUCAAUGCGACGGAGGAAAAAGAGAAGAGGUCCCGCCUUGUUUUUUCGUGUAGUUCGAGGAAGAUAAUUUUCACAAAAAAUUACGUCGAGCAGUGCAGUAAAACAGAAUGUCCGAAGCAGCUCCAGACGAGUCGGCGGUCAUGGCCACACUCACCGCGUGGGACGUCACCGUAUUGGCCGUUGCACUGGCCAUAUCAGCGGGUAUUGGGAUUUUCUACCGGUUCACGGGCGGACGACAAAGGACCGCGCGAGAGUUUCUCAUGGCUGACGGAGAUAUGUCAGUUACCCCAGUGACGUUUUCUCUUAUGGCGAGCUUCAUGAGCGCCGUGUCGUUGCUAGGCGUCCCUAAAGAGAACUAUUUCUUUGGGAUACAAUUUUUCAUCAUUAACAUUGCCUAUAUCAUUGGUACUCCGAUAGCUGCCUUUAUAUUCCUCCCAGUAUUCUUUCGUCUUCAAGUGGUAUCUGCGUACGAGUAUCUAGAGCGGCGUUUUGGUCGUCCCACCCGAUUUUUGGCGUCGGCUAUCUUCAUCGUACAGAUGGUGUUCUAUAUGUCUGUCGUAGUAUACGCGCCGGCGGUCACGCUACAUGCCGUCACGCACCUUUCGAAAUGGGGUGCAAUUUUAAGCGUCGGGAUUGUUUGUACGUUCUACUGUACACUAGGUGGAAUGAAGGCGGUCCUUUGGACAGACGUGUUCCAGUCUGUGUUGAUGUUUGGAUCUAUGAUAGCAAUUCAAAUAGCAGGAACCAUUCGUGUAGGCGGGUUUGGAAAUGUACUACGAAUUGCCAAGGAAGGAGGCCGAUUGAAUCUCUUGAAUUUCAGUUUUAAUCCUGAGGAACGCCAUACAUUUUGGGCAUUAGGUUUAGGAGGCCUUUUUAUGUAUGUUUCACUCUAUGGUGUUAAUCAAACUCAGGUUCAAAGGCUUCUAACUGUCAAGCGGCUCCGAACAGCGCAAUCGGCAUUAUUUAUAAACUGGCCUAUUCUGUCUGCUCUGUCACUCACGUUAUGCCUGACUGGAUUGGUUAUCUACGCCAAUUUCAAUGGAUGCGAUCCCUACAUAACAGGGAAGAUCUCGACUGACGAUCAGAUUUUGCCAUAUUUCGUCAUGAAAUAUUUUGGAAAUUACGUGGGUUUACCGGGUUUAUUUGUCGCGGGCAUUUUCUCUGGUGCAUUGAGCACAGUCUCGUCAGCGAUCAACUCAUUGGCUGCGGUGUCCUAUGAGGAUUUCGUGAAACCAAUACGAAAAGGCAAAGAUACACACGAGUCGCUCAUCAUCAAGAUUAUCGCGCUACUGUAUGGUAUCAUCUGUGUCCUCAUGACUGCUGUGGCCGAACGGUUAGGUGGAGUUCUUCAGGCAUCCUUUGUGUUCUUCGGCAUUGGAGGUGGACCCUUGCUAGGCUCCUUUUGUUUAGGAAUGCUCGUUCCGAGAUGCAGCCAAAAGUCAGCAAUCGUAGGAACCAUUUGUGGACUUCUUGUCGGUGCGUGGAUCGGAAUAGGAGCCUUAUUAGAAGCAGCUCCUUCAGCUCACCUACCUUUAUCCAACGAUGCUUGUCUUGAAGAGCCAAUUGUCAGAAAUAUAUCUAUUAUUGAGAAGUCGUGCAGUAUGUAUCUGCCAUUGUGCAAUCUUUCCUAUCAAUGGUAUACGUUUGCAACAUGGCUAGUGACGUUCGUUGUGGGUAUUCUAGCAUCGUUCAUCUGGCCCACUCAGGUUCCAGUCAACAAACGUUUUCUUAGUCCUGUGCUAUCGAUUUGUUUGGACGGGUCGCAGCCAUUCAAGGACCAAGGACUUGAACGCCUAGAUCGACUUGACAAAUUGUGAGCUAUUCCCCUGGUGCUGGAUGAAGAAAUCAUGACAUGAAUACGCGGAUAUGCGUGUUAUAAUGUUGUAUGUUGGUGGUCCGUAACGUUCUCGUUGCCUCCAACUACAACGAAACGAGAUAACUUAAUUUCAACACGAGUUCCGCUCACUAUUCGAACCAUCAGGGUCACAGAACGAACAAGUUACUUUCUCAAGAGUCUCGAGUAUUCGACUGUUCGAAAUAAUGCGGGCAAAGCAUGAAAAACAAAUGCAGCAGGUAUUUUUGAUAAAUUCUACCUGUGUAAGCUAACCAUCGCAUAUAAGCGGAGAACCAUUGAAAAAACGUAUAGGUGGUAACAGAUACGACAGAUGAUCAAUUAAUCCAAUUGUAAGAUUAAAUUAUUCUAUUUUUAUAUGCGGCUAUGCGCACAGGCAAGGAUAACGUGCGAAUAGCUUAGAAUGCAUAUUUGAUAGUUUGAGAAGUAUAUGUCAAUAUAGAAAAAUAAUUUAUUUUUUACGCAAAUGUACAUAAAUAUGUGUACACAAAGUCUAAUAAUUUUAAACAUUAUAUAUAUAUAUAUAGUAGGUCGAACGAGAAGCACGCGACGCUUCAGCCAUUUUUGAAACUAUUGCGUACCAUUGAAAAGUUCUGAGAACCUGUGACCUUCGGCCUUUUCGAGUCGCACAUCCUCUCCAAGAGCCUUAGAGGUCGACAUACCACAUUACAUAAAAAUACGAUGAUUUCGGCACUUCAUGAUAAUAUAUAAUAAUAAUAAUGAUGAUGUAUAAUAAUGUAAACAUUUGGGAUACUAGUAGAUAUGCCGACUAAAAAUAUAAUAUACUAAAGGAUCUGCUGGCAAACUUUAUGAAAACCAGCGAAAUUUAUUAGGAAAAUGGAAAGAAGUAUCGAUUUUAGUUUCGAAUUUGGCAUUCUUUAUCAUUAUCUUUUGGCAACUUGAUGAAAUCAAGUCGUUUUUCUGUCGACCUCACCGAUGUUCCUAAAAUUAUCGUGUUUUCUUGUCGCUUUAUCGCUUUCUUUGUCGCCUUAUAGUUUCUAAUUCCUCUACUACAUUUACAAAGGCCAAAAAAUCGCGAAAAAAGGUUGGUGCAGGCCCGGCUCUUCAGAGGUAUACAACACUUGACGACUAGCAAAUAACAAAUCGAAUAUGAGAGGCUUAUUAUAAUCUCAUAUGAAAUACAUACCGUAAUUGCGUGCUAUAAUAAAGAAAACUUCACAGA